UAUAGCAACGGAGUAGCGCAUGUGAAAGUGACGUUUCGAGUCGGAAGUUCUUUCCGUGUGUGAUAUAAGCUUUUUCUGUGAUAACAGGCCAUUAACUCAUUAUACGCUCCAGGUGUUUCUGCUUAAGAAUGGCGAAUUUCUUUCGCUUUGUAAUUAUGGGACCACCUGGUUCUGGCAAAGGAACUAUUUCCUCGCGUAUUGUGAAAAGCUUCAGUAUGUCGUAUGUGGCUAGUGGAGAUAUUUUAAGAAGUCAUAUAGCCCAGGCAACUAUCAAAGGGAGGGAAGCAAAAAAGUAUAUUGAAAGUGGGCAGCUGGUACCAGAUGAUCUUGUAACUAGCCUAAUUUUAGAGCAACUGGAAUCACUUACCAAUUGUAAUUGGUUACUGGAUGGCUUUCCUCGCACUGUGAAACAAGCUGAAGAUUUAACAGCAAAGCAUGAUAUUACAUUAGCCCUCAGUCUUGCUGUACCUGAUGAAGUGAUUAUUUCCAGAUUAAAAGGUCGUUGGUUACACCAAUCUAGUGGUCGGAUAUAUAAUACAGAUUUUAAUCCUCCUAAAGUUCCUGGAAUAGAUGAUGUUACUGGUGAGAAACUCGUACAGAGAGAUGAUGAUAAACCAGAUAUUGUCUUGACCAGAUUGCUUAACUACAGAAAAGGAAAUGCUCCUGUUUUGGAAUAUUUCAGAGAGAAAAACAUUCUAAAGGAGUUUGUUGGUAAAGAAACAAAUGAAAUCUGGCCAAAAGUAAAGAUCUGCUUGGAAGAGUAUUUUCAAAAGCAGGGGUGAUAAAAAGAAUGAUAUUUUCUGCCAUACUUAUUUUUGACAUUUUUUUUUUUUUUUUUCUUUACUCUCUUUAUAGAAAAUUAUUUUUUGUUGUAUUAUUUUUGAAUUGAUUAUGGUACUUUUAUCGCAACAUUUGUUUUAUCAUUUUUGAUCUCAUACAUUUUUAGAUCAUUAAAAAUACAGUACUUAGAUAGUUUUAAAUUUAUAUUCUUUCUGGUCAUUUUUGAUUGUAAUGUUAAAUUUAGAAAAUCCUGUAAAAAAGUGCCAUCCAUAAGAAAUUUUAACUAUUGUCUAUUUAAAUUAUUUCUAAGUGAAAGGUGCUUUCAGUUAUUUAUUAUAUACUAUGGUGUUUGCCUUAAAAUCUCUAAAGGCUUCCAUUUUUUAUACUCUUAUUAUUAUAUAUUUAUACACUCACGAAGUUAACUUUAGAUUGUAAAGAAGAUAAUGGAAAAUUUUUGAGAAAUGAAAGAACAUUAAUGAAAAUGUUAUAUUUAUUAUUGUCCAAAGCACCUCUAACUGGUUGAUUUACUUAAUAAUUUUUACUUAAUAUUUUAUUUAAUUUUUAUUUAAUACUGUUUGUUUCAACACCUAAAGAUUCUGCAAAUUGCUUCAUAUUGCCAUACCUGAAUUGGUGAUGAAUGUUUUUCGUACUAAGUUUCUGUCAUUCUUCCUCAGAUUAACUUAAAUAAAUUUCCAGUCUUUUAAGGAUUAAGAAAUAUUGUAAUUAAAACCUGACAACAUCAUGUUAAUCCUAUAAAACUUUUAUUCAUUCAGCAUGUAAUAAAAUUUCUCAAAAAAAUGGCAGCAUAUAAGAUUGUGUCAUUUCAACUUAAAUUUUAAAAAUGCUGAUAAUUUAAAUGGAAAGAAAAGACUUAUUUUAAGUCCUAAAAUCAUUCAUAAUUGAAUCAUCAAGUUAAAAAUCAUAUUAAUACUCUUUUGUAGUUAUUAUGUAUUAACAAACGUAAAAUCAUUUUUUUUUUCAUUUUAAUUUUAUUGAAAGUGAAAUGUGCCCAAUUGCUGUGACUUACUGUCGAUUGAAAAUUUGUAAUUUUUUAAAUAAAAAUAGGAUUGACUUACAAAAUAUUUUUAAUAAAAUUUUAAUUGAUUUCGAAUAUAAAAAUUUUAGAUUAAAAAUAUAAUUUGUUUUAAAUCAUGUAACAACUAAAUACCCUCUUUCUACUCGAAUUAAUUUCUUUUUUAUGUUAAAGGAUAAAAAAUGGAUUCUUAAAAGGUAUGUAACUAUUCUGAAUAUAAAAUUCCUCUUUUUUUAGGGGAUUUCCUUAUAAUUAUAGAAGAUAAUUUAGCUCUCUUGAUUUUUUUUUCUUUCUUGACUCUCUUUUCUCUACAUAUUUAACUCUGAGGUUAAUCGAUUUCCAUUUUGUCUCAAGCUUGCUAUAUCUAAAUUGUUUUGCCCAUGACAUAUUGAUUUUAAAUUUAUCUAGGAAAUUUCAAAGUUGCCACUAGAUAUUUUUUUUCAGUUUAAUUCAACUCAUUCCAAUAAAUGACAAAUAAUUGUUUGUAUUGUUUUCUAUAAAUGUAUUUGUCUUUUAAGAAGCACAAGUUUGUCUCUAUUGUGUUUCGUGUUUUUUGUGCCAAAUGUUUGAAUGUAGAACAAACCUACUGAAAAUUCAAAUGACUAUGAAUUCUGUAAAUAUAUUUCUUUUUAACUUAACCUCUACUUAUGUUUCAGAAUAAACUCAUUAGAAACUAAAAAUAUUAAACCAAUCUAGUUUGAUAUCAGGAUCUAAGGAAAUGAAUGCGACAUUUUAGAUUUAAAAAGUACUUUAUAAGAUUAAUAUAAAGGAAUUCUUUCAUAGUAUAAAUGAAUGUUAAAACAAACAGUGCACAUUCGAUAAGUUGUGAUAUAUUCUCUAUGACUAUUUCAGUUAGACACAUAGGUAUCUGAAAAUAUAUGAAGAAUAAUUAAAAUGCUAAAUGUUUCUAAAAUCUUAUUAUAUUUUCUAGAAAUGUAAAAAAUUUUCUUAUCACAAUACAUGUUAAUUAUAUCAGUAUACCGAAUAUGAAUAUUAGUAUGACAAGAUAUAUCAAUUUGUAAUAUGGAAUAACCGAUGAAUAAUUUUAUACAGUUAUUACUAAUAAUACAUUUUCAAAAUCAACGUGUCUCAAAAUGGGCAGAGUUUGUGAAUUUGCAUUAAAUUUUUUAACUAAAUCUUCAUUAUUUGUUUCAAUUUAAAAAUAGUAUUUGGCCUUUUGUAAUUUCUUAAAUGAAGAUAUUGAAAAAAAUUAUCAUUAAUCAUGGAUAAAAUUUCACUAUUCUAAAAUAUUUCGUUUUAAAGAGGCGAACACGAAUUUUUCUUACAAAUUUUAUUUGAAAAAUUUUACUUUGGCUCUUUUGAUAUGCUAAUGAUUCUCCUUAUUUGAAACAUAAUUACAGUUGAUAUUACUGAAUGAUUUUCAUGUUGCCUCUUGAGAAUUAUUGUGACUAUACUUUUAAAAAAAUGCAUUGAUUUAUUGAUGCAAAAUGCACCUAAAUGGAUCCUUUAUCAUGAGCAAAAGAGAAAAAAUAUCUCAAUUACUUGCCUCUAUUGGUUCAUCUAGUAUUAGCUGUAUACAUUCCCUUAUGGAAAAAAUAGAAUUUUCAAACGCUGUUUUCUCCUUUGUGAAUGUCGGAAUUUUGACACGAUGAUUCUCAACAGGCUAGUGUAGUUGUAUAUAAAAAGUAUUUAGUUUCCACAAAAGAAAAUUAUAUUUAAAUUGCAGUAUUUUUUAGUGAUAUAUAAAUAUUUUUAUAUGUUAUCAUCUCAAUUUUUUACAGUUUUCUUUAUAUUUUCAAAUCUUAAAAUUUCUAACUUGCAUGUAGUCUCAGGGGCAUAUAUUCCAAUUAAAUUUUACCUUGCCUUUAGAGCUCUACAAACUUGUCUUUUAUUUCAGGUUUCUAUUCUUUUAGUUAUAAAAACUAUGCUUUUUACGUUUAGCAAUUUAAUAGUAUUAUAUAUUUCCAUCUUUUUUAUAUGUCAUAUUUUUGAAAAUGUUUUUGAUGUUUAGCAAAGGGGUAUUGUAAAAGAAAGUAUUAAUUGCAUAUUUUGUUUCAAGAAUUCAUUUUCUAACUAUAUUUUGGCUUAUGUACUUAAUUUAUUUGGCUAUGAAAUUUAAUUAUUUAUGGCGUUUAUUUCAGUAUUGAAAAGUAUCCAUUUAUUUAACUCAUAGAGAUAUUUUUUUAUUUAAAAUUUUAUUCCAUAUUGUUAUUUAUAUAUUUAAAAUGGUUGUAUUGUCGUUGUAUCUUGUGAUUUGUUAUAAAAUAAUUUGUUAAUUAUUUCUCUUUCAAAAUAAUUUAUUCUAUUUUCAGUAUUAAUGAAACCAUUGCACUUAUUGAAGUUUGAUCAAACAAAACAUUUUUAUUCUGGAGGUAAAUUAUGUCUGCAUUUGAAUUGUGAACUUAUUUAUGUUUAUUUGUUUUACAGGCUUAAUUUACUGUGAUUUUAAUCAUGCAUUAUUUUAGUACUUAAAAAAAACCCAGCAUUAUAUUUUAAUGUAUUAAACUGUAUUGUCUUUCAGUUUUGUGAUACUGUUACAUUUCUUGAACUCUUAUUUGCUUUUGAAACCUGUAUCAUCAAGAUAAUUUUUAAAGGAUAUGUCAUAUCAUUGUUAUAUUCUUUAAUUACUGUUGAAUGAAUUAUGAAAUAAAGGAAACUUUUUGA